GGUCGCGGCGCCAUUGCGGCGGCCCCUGCGGAGCAAGUGCGGCCGCGCCUCCCGUCGAGGUAGCCCCUGGAUCCAGACCUCUCAUCUUUGUAACACGUGGACACCCCCAACCAGUGAACCAGAGACUGAGCUUCACUCCAAUCGGGCCAAUCUCAGGUCUCCCACCAGCCCCUGAACCAGUCUCAGUGGAAUGUUACAUGACAUCUCUGUGGCUUGGUGAGUAAUAAGACAUGUAAACAGGACCUCAAGAAUCGAGCUACAUUUAAAGAAGACUUACUUAGAAACACUGGAGAGGACACCAUGGAGUGCAAGACUGAGGGAAAAGAAAAAUACCAACACAGCUUGAAUUUACUGAAUAAAAUUAAGAACAUGAAAGAACUAGCAGAGAUGAUUGAUGUUGUACUCAUCGCAGAAGGGGAGAAAUUCCCUUGCCACAGGCUGGUCCUGGCUGCAUUUAGUCCUUAUUUCAAAGCGAUGUUUACCUGUGGACUACUUGAGUGUACUCAGAGGGAAGUCGUACUUUAUGACAUCACAGCAGAAAGCGUGUCGGUGAUAUUAAAUUAUAUGUACCAUGCGGCUCUGGAGAUCAGUAAUGCCAAUGUACAGACUGUGGCUAUGGCCGCCUAUUUUAUGCAGAUGGAGGAAGUCUUCAGUGUGUGUCAGAAGUAUAUGAUGGACCAUAUGGAUGCCUCGAACUGUUUGGGUAUCUAUCAUUUUGCAAAGCAGAUUGGAGCUGAGGAUUUAGCUGAUCAAUCGAAGAAGUAUUUAUAUCAGCACUUUGCUGAGGUGAGCUUACAUGACGAGAUACUAGAAACUGAAGUGCACCAACUUCUGACGCUUAUUAAAUCAGAUGACCUGAACAUAUCCAGAGAGGAGAGCAUUCUGGACCUAGUUCUGAGAUGGGUAAAUCAUAACCGAGAACUGCGCACAGAGCACCUUGUGGAACUUCUGAAGCAAGUUAGGCUGCAACUGGUGAAUCCUUCUUUUUUAAGACAAGCCCUGAAAAGGAACACAAUGCUUCUGUGUGAUGCAAAUUGCAUUGACAUCAUUCAAAACGCAUUCAAAGCCAUCAAGACCCCUCAACAGCACUCUCUCAAUCUUCGUUAUGGCAUGGAGACUACCAGCCUUUUGCUGUGCAUUGGCACCAAUUCUUCAGGAAUCAGGUCGAGACACAGGAACUACGGAGAUGCCAGUUUUUGCUAUGAUCCUGCAUUGCGCAAGACCUAUUUCAUCUCCUCUCCCAAGUAUGGGGAGGGUUUAGGCACUGUGUGUACUGGUGUUGUCAUGGAAAACAACACUAUCAUUGUGGCUGGAGAAGCAAGUGCCUCUAAACUCUCCAGACAAAAGAGCAAGAAUGUUGAAAUCUACAGGUAUCAUGAUAGAGGAAACCAGUUUUGGGAAAAGUUAUGCACAACAGAAUUUCGAGAGCUCUACGCUCUGGGCACCAUCCAUAACGACCUCUAUGUUAUAGGAGGACAGAUGAAAAUUAAAAACCAGUAUCUUAUUACAAACUGUGUUGAUAAGUACUCUGUAGAAAGGGACACUUGGAAAAGGGUGUCCCCCCUUCCACUACAGUUGGCGUGUCAUGCUGUAGUAACAGUGAAUAAUAAACUUUACGUGAUUGGAGGCUGGACCCCUCAGAUGGAUCUUCCUGACGAAGAACCUGAUCGAUUAAGCAACAAGUUGCUGAAGUAUGACCCCAGCCAAGAUCUAUGGACAGAGCAGGCACCCAUGAAGUACUCAAAGUACCGAUUCAGCACAGCUGUGGUCAACAGUGAGAUUUAUGUUCUGGGUGGAAUCGGCUGCAUAGGUCGAGACAAGGGUCAGGUUCGGAAGUGCCUUGACACGGUGGAGAUCUACAACCCAGAAGGGGACUUCUGGAGGGAGGGCCCACCCAUGCCCAGCCCCCUGCUCUCACUUCGCACCAAUUCUACCAAUGCAGGAGCCGUGGACGGGAAGCUGUACGUCUGCGGGGGCUUCCACGGAGCAGAUCGCCACGAAAUUAUCUCCAAAGAGAUAUUGGAGCUGGACCCCUGGGAGAACCAGUGGAAUGUCGUAGCCGUCAACGCCCUCAUGCACGACAGCUAUGAUGUCUGCCUGGUGGCGAGGAAGAACCCCCGCGACCUCAUUCCCCCGCCUUCAGAGUCAGUGGAGGAGGGUGGGGCGCACUGAGGUCUGUGUCUCUGUGGGACCCCCAAGGUGUCUGUCAAGGAGGCACUAGGGAUGGAGAGCCCACACGUGUGGGACGUGUGCACUGCAUGCGUCGUGACCCAGUGCAGAGCGGCAUGCGCUGGGCGCUGCAGGGGGUGUGUGCAGAGUCCGCCCUCCGGUACCCAGGCUUUGCAGUGUCUUCCCCAAGCUUGGAGGGUAAGGAUGGAACCGCCUGCUUCACCCACAGUUGAGCAUAAUCAGAAAACAGCCCCUCCCAAAAUAUAAUUUAGGGAUAACAUUUAAAUAACACAUAGAAAUCCAUCUAUUUUACUUACUGUCUAUGCUUCUGGAAGCCCAGAGGAUUCAAAGAAUGCAUUUUGGUAGCUAUUCUUCACCAAUUUCCCAGGAGUUUCACAUGCACAAGGCUCUUGUUUAAGCAGGAACAGUCGGUAAAUUCCCUAGAGCUUUCCCAGGGGAAGACCAUCCUAGACUGAGACACUUUCUUCAGUGCAGAACUGUGUGACUGUCAUGACCGCUCCCCGUGUCCCCAGGUUCCAGCUGCUAACCCAGGCAGGAGGGACAGAUCCAUGGAAGCUGGAGCCAGUUGGAAACCUGCUUCUGCCACCACAAAACAGGACCAGUCAGACCCAGGGCGGGCUGUCGCGAGUAGGCUAGACUCUCAGAAGGCGGGGCCACACCUGUGUCUUUGCAGGUGUACCUCAAGUGCCCAUGGCAGUGCCUGGCACAUGCGUGGGUCUUUGGGUGGCCAGCAUGGGGAUGCCCCUGCUCCAGCCACGUGACCACAGU